AUGAAUAAUAAAUUAAAUUUGGUGGAGUUAGAGGGUAUUAGUGAUAGUAUUAAUGCUGAAACUGAACUGCAGAGGUUGGCUAGUUUAAGUUCAAUUACUGGUAAGGCUACUAAUGAAUUUAAUAAAUGGAGACAAGAUAUUUUAAAUAAUAUAGCCUUAUUAACUAUCAUUAUUGACUUUGCAGAGGACCAGGAGUUGGAUAAGAAUAAAAUGUUGUUUAACUCAGUAGAUACAAGUAUUAGGGAACUAGAUAAAGAGAUUAGAAAUUAUUUAUUUAAAGUACGAAGUUCCGAAAUUUUACUAAAAGGUAUUCAAUUAGUUUUGCUUGGUCCUCCAAAUGCUGGAAAAUCAUCUAUCCUAAAUAUAUUAGCUAAUAAAGAGGCUGCUAUAGUGAGUGAUAUUGCAGGUACUACAAGAGAUGUAAUUGAUAUACCUUUAGAAAUUCAAGGUUAUAAAGUUGUAUUAGGCGAUACUGCUGGUAUCAGAUCUUUAGAUAAUGCAGAUACGAUUGAAAAAGAAGGUAUAAAACGAGCUAAAGCAAAGAGCCUAUCUGCUGAUUUUAUAAUUGUUGUUUUGGAUCCUACUAAUAAUGAUGUUUUAGAUUUAAAAGAUCAUUUAAAAGAAUUAAUCAAAUUGGACAAGAAAUUAGUUAUCGUAUUGAAUAAACAAGACUUACAUGAGGGAGACCAAGUCGACAAAUACUCAAGAUUGUUAGAUAUACCUCAAGAAUACUUCAAAGUCGUUUCAUGUUUAAAUAAUACUGGAAUAGACGAAUUACGAACCUAUUUGGUCAGUCAGUUCCAGAAAUUAUCGGAUUCGGAAAUGUCAGAUCCUAUAAUUGUCUCAUCACGAACUCAAGAUCUACUUGAAAAUGAUGUAUUGUAUGGAUUUGAAGAGUUUUAUAAAUAUAAAGAUAUAGAUGAUGUUGUAUUGGCAACUGAGAGUCUAAAACAAUCAGUUGACGGAAUAGGUAAAAUCACAGGAGAAGCAAUAG